GUAGCUUUCUCUUAAUGAUAGUGAAUGAUUAAGGAGAUAAAUUGCUUUUAUUGAACAAAUGGGAAACAAACGUAUGAAAACGACAUGAACAUGUUAUAUUAUAAAUAGUUGAAACGUUUUUAUUUGAUAUUCAAUAAAAUACUUUUUUUUUCAUUUUUUUUUUAUAUUUGACAAUUCAACGAUGAUUAUUACUUGUUACUUGAACACAAUAUUUUAUAAACUUGUGUGACGUUUAUUGUAAGGGUAAACAGACGCAACAGUUAAUGAAAGUUUUUGUUAUUUAUUAUUCAUAAAUGCAAAGUACAUUGAUGAUAAACGCAGAUCAAAGUAAGAAGAUUUUUCUUUUUAUCUGAGGUCGUUACGCACGACGUGUCACAUUUUGUUGUUUGUUUAAAAAUACAUAGAAGUGGGACGUUUGUAAGCUGAAAGCGGAAAAUUGUCGUUGAAAAGUCUAUUCAUCAUAAUGGCUUUCCACAAGUUUGUGGCUGUUAUUAUGAUGACCCAAAUCAUUUGGAUAUCUUCAGCAAGUAAAGAAAACAACGUCGCUUUUUCAAACUGCGUCGAAGGAACAUCGAGUUUGCAUGAUUUCGAAGACAAACUCCUUUCAAACGAAGAACUUAUACCAUUUUCUCGCAAUAAAGAUCAAAUCGUCAUCAUUACGAAUGUCGCUUCGUUUUGAGGUCUUACAAAAGUCCAGUAUCAUCAACUGAAUGCAUUAAUUGAAGAAUUCGAUACAAGUGUAUGUCCUUUACGUGUAUAUGGCGUUCCAUGCAAUCAAUUUGGCUUACAAGAGCCGGGAAAUGGCAAAGAAAUUAUUAAUUCACUUCGUUACGUUCGACCUGGUAACGGGUUUAAACCAAAAUUUGAUCUUUUGAUCAAAAGAGAUGUGAAUGGGGAGAAAGAAGACGCUUUAUUCACGUGGCUCAAGUCGCUUUGUCCAAAUCCAGUCACGAUGAUUGGAAACCCAAAGGAUUUGUUUUAUUCGCCAAUCAGGACAACUGAUUUUCAAUGGAAUUUUGAGAAAAUUCUUGUGGAUCAUAAAGGACGACCAAGAAAGCGUUAUACACCAAAAUUUAAUCCGUUAGAAAUGAAAUCAGAUGUGAAGAAUUUAGUUGAAGAAUGUGUUAAAGCAAGAAAGAAACGCGCGAACAUACAAUUUACAGAAACUGCUCAUUUCUAUAAUGUGUAAAGAAGUUUUGGUAAGGUAUCACGCUAAUAUCGCGGCAUUGUCUGAACCAUUUCACCCAAAGAGUUAAUUGUUUAUUGUUUUCAUAUUUGUUCGUAGCUGACACAAAGGAAACAUGUGUUAAUCAUCUGUUUUUUUAAAAACAUGUUUCUGCAUGAAAAUUAUGUACGAUGUCCAAUUUGAAAUCAUUUUUGUGAUGACAUUCCUGUCACCUUUUUCUUGUUAACAAGGUAGCUACGAACUUACUCGGGAGAGUCGAUUACUUGCAACUAUUAAGGUAUUUUGGAAAGUAAAACUUGUGUUUCUUUGUGCGCGUCUACUUUGUAAAAUCACACAUUAUCUAACUGUUAAACGUGCAUGGUUUUUAAUGAUGUUCACAAUGCAUUGUUGUGUUGAUGGUUAGUCUUGCCACUACUCGUAUUACAAAUAUAGACAGGAGUGACAGACCCUUGCGAAAGAAUUUGUCUAAGCUUAAUUCAAACAGCUUUUCUAUUUUGCGCAGGUCUAUUAUGUUCAUUAUCUUUCAACAUGAAACAUUUGGCAACAUAGGACAAUGUUUUAAAUGCUCAAGAUUAUGAACUUUUCAUUACAAGAUUAUCAACUUUUCUGAAAACAGUAUUUCUUGUGGGUUUGUGAUUUAUAUGCCAUGAGUGAAAAUUUGUUUCUAUUUGUGUCAGCUGCUGAGUGUUUAAUAUUUUGAGUUCUAUUACAUACUUAAUAGCUUGCUCGUCGAACGAAUAAUUUCAUGAAAGCCGUAGAACUUUAUGUUUUUAUUUGAUUGUAAUGUGAGAAAUUCACAAAUAACUUUGAUGAAAAAUACAGUGCGUAACUUGCAUUUAAAUAACAAAUUCAUGACAAUGUAAAAAUAACCUUUAUAUUUAGCAUGAAUAUAAAUUGUUGGUAACGAAGUCAAUUCUAAAAUACAUUACAUAUAUUCAUAAACGUAUAUAUAAUCAAAUAAAUAUUAAACAUAUUGGUGUAUUAGUUAUAACUAGAAAAUGCUAUAGACUAAGUAUGAAAACGAUACUUACAUUUUUUUGAACUUUUUAAAUGUAUUAUAAUUUAAAGAUUAUGAAGACUUUGCCAUAAACCGUUAGAAAAAACGGAUGGUUAAGUCCGAUGUAAACUAGUCCUGUCACUGUAAAAGUUUUUAAUGCAUUCAACUUAGUGAUGUACUGGUUUGUGUACUUAGAAUUGCAUAAUAAAGUUCAAAAUAUACUUGAA